AUGUCUCAUCUCAAUACAGGCAUUUGCCUGCACAGUUGUAAGUGCAACCCACAGUGUAAGUCCUUUCUGAAGCCAAACUCAGAUUCAGGGGGCUUUGCCCUGCGGAUGACGAACAAUGGGAUCAAACAUGUAAGCUCGUGUUCCAUCCAGGAUGAAGUCGUGGAUCCUGAGGUGCCCAGGAAAUCCCCCGUCAGACACCACCACAGGCAUAAGGAGCGAAUCCUCCAUCACUGGCAUCGCAGCCGUGUACACCCUAGAGUUGCAUCAGCGGAAGAUCACAGUGAGAACCUGGCGCGGAAGCGUUCAUCUAAGCAUGUCCCAGGUGUUCACGUGGUGGACAAAGACACAAAGAAAAACAGUACGCAUUCUGGGAUCACCGCUAUGCUGAGGAAAAAUUCUGGUGUUGACAAAGGUGACCUGAAACACCUACAGCAGCAUAUGCCAGGGCAGACAUCCUCUGAGGAAGCCACAGGAGUUCACAUGAUGCAGGUGGACCCAGCCACACUGGCGAACGAUGUACAUCAGGAGCCGUCCAGUGACAACCGAGACGGGGAGGACCCAGAGGAUGUGAAGAAAUCGUCGGGAGUUCCACCGGAGGGGAGAGUGGGGGGCUCCUUCCUGUGCAUUUACAGCCUGGUGCAGCCUCGUGCUACAGCCAGUUCUGCUGGGAAACUGAGAAGAGAGGAGGCUGCAGGUGGGGAAAGAGUACACUUUGAGGCAGAAGGUAUGCAUUGUGGGUUUACUUUUUUUAUUGUUUUUAUUUUGCUUGAAAUUCUGGGAUGCAUGUAUAGAACGUGCAGGUUUGUUACAUAG